GAAUUCUAUAACAGAAGUGAUGAACUGAUCAAAGAAGAGAUUUGCUUGGAAAGCAAUGGAAAUUUCGAUAAAUUUCAGCAAAAAUCAUCCGACGUUCAAAACUUAUUUCUUAUCAAUGAUGCAAUGGAAUUUUGGAACUGCGUUGCAAAAGAUAUCAACAUAAAUGUAGAAGAUCUUCUGAAAACUUUACCAGAGUGUUCCACCAUCACGCCUUCAUCAGCGAAGUUUGAAGAAUUAUUCAACGAUCUUCAGAAUCAGCACAAAACGGUUCUUCGAAAUUCAUUUAAUAACGAUGACGCAAUGGAGUGCGAAUAUUGGGAUGCAGUUUCGUCCACGAAUGUAUCCUACAAAAGACCAGAGAAAUCCGUCAACACUUCACCACAAAAAAAUAAGGAUUUAGUCUUCUGGACAAAGUCAUCACCUACCAACUACACAGCAACUUCGGCGGUUAAGUAUGUGCAAUCCGAAUUAUGCAACAACCAUCAGGAUGAGAAAUCCGUCGUUCGAAACCCAUUUAAUGUCUACGCGAAUCCGGAGGAUCUUAUGAGCACAUUACAGCAGAAAUCUGUCGUUCAAAACUUAUGUAAUAUCGAUGAUACAAUGGAAUUUUGGGACUCACUUUCGUUACAUAAAGAAUGCAGCACGAAUGUAGAUGAUGUUGUGAACACUUUACUUCAGACAUAUACUGAUAUUAAUACAUCGUCGUCGUCUUGCUCUGCCAACAAUCAAGAAUCCGUGAUUAGAAACUCAUUUAAUAAUGAUGAUCCAAUGGAAUUUUCGGACUGUCCGUCUUCACCGAAUGUUUCCAACACGAAUCCUGAGGAUCUCAUGAGCACAUCACCGCAGCAACCAUAUGAUAAUCAAGAAUCGAACGGUCAAAACUUAUAUAAUAAUGACGAUACAAUGGAAUUCUGGGACUCCUUUUUGACGCAAUCAAUCAAUUCCAACAGACGUGCAGAGGAAUCCAUCAGCACAUUACCAGAGAUGGUCGAAGAUCGUAAUAAUUGUGCAGAAACGAAUGAAGUAGUUGAAAAAUCGAGUAAAGCAGGAUACCAGAGUUACAUGCUUGAAAGUAUUUACAGGGGGUUCGAGUAUAUUAACUUAGCCACGCGAAGAAACCUCAUCAAACUGAUUGGUAUUAUUACCAUGAAGCAGUUUCGUUCGUGGUUGUCUUGGCGCAAGAAGAUGCUGUUGGAUCCAAUUCCCACGCAAUUCGAAAGAGCCAACGAUAAUAACUUGGAUGAAAAUGUGAAUAACGUCGAGGAUUUGGAUGACUUUGUGGAUCUAUCGCAAAAUGCGAAUCCGGAUUUAGAUGGAGUUUUACAAGGAAAUGAUUAAGAGUUUCCUUAUUAUUCGACUAUGAUAUUAGCAUAAUAUUUUUUUUAAUACAUUUAAUUUAUUUUUUAUCUAUAAUUAAGAGCGUUUAACGAAUGUUGUACAUAUUUGUAAAUAUAUUAUAAGAAACGCGAUUAAUAGCUGAAAUUCGCGUCGCGUUUUAAAAGAAACGAGAUGUGUUUAUUUGCUACUAAAACUAAAUAAUUUCGCGAAAGAAUUAGUGCAUAACUAGCACAGUUUUUGCUGUUGUUGAAGUGUUGUUGAAGAGGGCAUAAUGUUAGUCGAUAGGAGAAUGAUGCGUUUAUUAAUUCUUUUCUGUUGCUUCGUGAGGUUUUCGGAUCAGAUUUGGUGUCUUCUGUAUCUAAUACCGCGCGAUCCCAAUCACAACCUGGUCGACUUCUACCAUAUCUACACUACGCAAUUCUUGAUGGUCUUCGUCCAAUCUUCAUUACGACAAAGUCAAGAAUCUUCAGCCCUCAUACACAUACUACAAACUCAUCUUCAAUGAUCCGUCAGAAACGUCGCAUACGCAACUUACUGAAA